AUGGAAAUCUCUCCAGAGACAACUUCCGACCCGUUAUUUACCACUGAAGAGAUCUUGGACUGCCUUAAAGUUAUGAAUCCUAACAAGUCACCAGGGCCCGAUCAUCUAACGUCAGACAUUUGCCUAAUGUUUGCGAAAUUGUAUCCUUCAAUGGUCACUUCAAUAAUGAACAGAUGUUUGGAGCUAAAAUAUUUCCCGAAAAUAUGGAAGAAAGCAUAUAUCAAAAUAAUACCAAAACCAAACAAAUCUGACUACUACGAUACUGCCGCUUACCGACCUAUAGGAUUAAUAAACGUUUUUGGAAAGCUAUUGGAGAAAUUGAUAAUUCAAAGAAUCACACACCACAUUAACAGUAAUAAUUUUGCAUGCAAUAACCAAUAUGGAUUUAAAGAACAAACUGGUACCGUACAUGCCUUAAAGAAAGUAAUAGAUACAGUUAAACAAUCCAAAUCAAACAAUGAACAUGUCAUAGCUAUUUCGUUGGACAUACAAGCGGCGUUCAACAAUGCUUGGUGGCCAUUAAUCUUCAAAAGACUGCACAAAAUCAAAUGUCCUAAAAAUUUAUACGACAUAAUGCUUAGCUAUGUUCAAGAUAGGAAAGCGCAGAUUGAUUUUGCAGAUAGCUCAGCUACAAAGACACUCACACGCGGCUGCAUUUAA